UAAAAGACUACGUCAGGACGUAGGUCUUACGCACGCGGUAUAAAGCCCUGUUUUCUGACGUCAGCGGCCUCUUCCCUGCCUAUGCCCUCGUGAGGUGGGCAGUGUAUAAUUUUCUGUGUCUUUUCCACCAAGCGAAUCUUAAACCAUCCGCAAAAAUGGUGAACUUCACAGUAGACCAGAUCCGUGCCAUCAUGGACAAGAAGGCCAACAUCCGUAACAUGUCUGUGAUUGCGCACGUCGACCACGGAAAGUCAACUCUGACAGACUCCCUGGUGUCGAAGGCCGGCAUCAUUGCCUCUGCUCGUGCUGGAGAGACACGAUUUACAGACACACGCAAGGAUGAACAGGAACGCUGUAUUACCAUCAAGUCUACCGCCAUCUCCAUGUACUAUGAGCUGAAUGAAAAUGACUUGGCUUUCAUUAAGCAGAGCAAGGAUGGUUCUGGCUUCUUGAUCAACCUUAUUGACUCACCAGGGCAUGUGGACUUCUCCUCUGAAGUGACUGCUGCCCUCCGUGUGACUGAUGGAGCCCUGGUUGUAGUGGACUGCGUGUCUGGUGUGUGUGUGCAAACUGAGACCGUGCUCCGUCAAGCAAUUUGUGAGCGUAUCAAGCCAGUCCUGAUGAUGAACAAGAUGGACCGUGCCUUGUUGGAGUUGCAGCUUGAACCAGAGGACCUCUACCAGACCUUCCAGCGUAUUGUUGAGACAGUCAACGUCAUCAUCUCUACUUAUGGAGAGGAUGAGCAUGGACCUAUGGGAAACAUCAUGGUUGAUCCAGUCAUUGGUACAGUUGGCUUUGGUUCUGGACUCCAUGGCUGGGCUUUCACCCUGAAGCAGUUUGCUGAAAUGUAUGCAGCCAAGUUUGCUGCCAAGGGCAAUGCCCAGAUGACACCACUUGAGCGCUGCAAGAAGGUGGAAGACAUGAUGAAGAAGCUGUGGGGUGACAGGUACUACGAUGCUGAAGGCGGAAAGUUUGUCAAGAGUGCUAAUGGACCUGAUAAUAAAAAGUUCCCCCGUACCUUUGUUGCCCUUAUCCUGGACCCCAUCUUCAAGGUUUUUGAUGCCAUCAUGAACUUCAAAAAGGAGGAAACUGCCAAACUGAUCCAGAAACUGGAUAUUAAGUUGGAUGUGGAGGAUAAGGACAAGGAGGGUAAGCCUCUUCUGAAGGCUGUCAUGCGUCGCUGGUUGCCUGCUGGAGAAGCCCUUCUGCAAAUGAUUACCAUCCACCUGCCUUCUCCGGUCACUGCCCAGAAGUACCGUUGUGAGCUGCUCUAUGAAGGACCUGGAGAUGAUGAGGCUGCCAUGGGUAUCAAGAACUGUGACCCCAAGGCUCCCUUGAUGAUGUACAUCUCAAAGAUGGUGCCCACCAGUGACAAGGGUCGUUUCUAUGCUUUUGGCCGUGUGUUCUCUGGGUCUGUCUCCACUGGCCUUAAAGUGCGCAUCAUGGGACCAAACUACGUCCCUGGAAAGAAGGAUGAUCUCUACUUGAAGCCAAUUCAGAGGACCAUUUUGAUGAUGGGCCGCUACGUGGAGCCUAUUGAAGAUGUGCCAUGUGGUAACAUCGUGGGUUUGGUUGGAGUGGACCAGUACCUUGUUAAAACCGGAACAAUCACCACCUUCGAGCAGGCACACAACAUGAGAGUGAUGAAGUUCAGUGUCAGUCCUGUGGUGAGAGUUGCUGUGGAGGCUAAAAACCCUGCUGAUCUGCCCAAACUGGUAGAGGGUUUGAAGCGUCUGGCAAAAUCCGAUCCCAUGGUCCAGUGUAUCAUUGAGGAGUCUGGAGAACAUAUCAUUGCUGGAGCUGGGGAGCUCCAUCUGGAGAUCUGCCUGAAGGAUCUGGAAGAGGAUCAUGCUUGCAUUCCAAUCAAGAAAUCUGAACCAGUGGUCUCCUACAGAGAGACAGUCAGUGCCGAGUCUUCUGUCAUGUGUCUGUCAAAGUCACCCAACAAGCACAACCGUCUGUUCAUGAAGGCCCGUCCCUUUGAGGAUGGACUGGCAGAGGAUAUCGAGAAGGGUGAAGUUACCCAUCGUCAGGAGAUCAAGGCUCGUGCACGUUACCUCGCUGACAAGUAUGAGUGGGAUGUCUCUGAAGCAAGGAAGAUCUGGUGCUUUGGUCCUGACGGAAAUGGUCCUAACCUGUUGGUUGAUGUUACCAAGGGAGUGCAGUACCUUAAUGAGAUCAAGGAUAGCGUUGUGGCUGGCUUCCAGUGGGCUGUCAAAGAGGGUGUCCUUUGUGAAGAGAACAUGCGUGCCAUUCGCUUCGACAUCCAUGAUGUGACCCUGCAUACAGAUGCCAUUCACCGUGGUGGUGGCCAGAUCAUCCCCACAGCCCGCAGAGCCCUGUAUGCUUGUGAGCUCACAGCUGAGCCCAGAAUGAUGGAGCCUGUGUACCUGGUCGAGAUUCAGUGCCCUGAAGUUGCAAUGGGUGGAAUCUAUGGUGUGCUGACCAGAAGGCGUGGUCAUGUGUUUGAAGAGUGCAGUGUAAUGGGAACACCUAUGCGCGUCAUCAAGGCUUACCUUCCUGUCAUGGAGUCAUUUGGUUUCACUGCUGACCUCCGCUCCAACACUGGUGGCCAGGCCUUCCCACAGUGUGUGUUUGACCACUGGCAGGUCCUUCCUGGAAAUCCUCUGGAGCCAACAAGCAAGCCUGGUAUUGUUGUCAUGGAGACACGUAAACGCAAGGGUCUCAAGGAAGGUAUCCCAGCCUUGGACAACUACCUGGACAAAUUAUAAAAGCCUCCACCCCCACUGUUGCCUCAUUCCUCGUCACAACAAAUGUAAGUCAUGGGACCGGACUGUACAGACACACACUGUUUGCCAAAUGGAUCGCUAGUAGAGAAUAAACUACAAAAAUUGUAAACAAUUAAUAAAGGACAAUAAAAACUGA